CACAAAUAUCUGCAAGCCCAGAACAAACUGUUCGGUUUAUUAGGACAUAUUUUUAGAGCUGUGUGGUUUUCUACUUCCUGCUUUAUGUUUUGCAACAGAAAAGGUAAAAGUUUGAUUCUGCAGCUCAGACCACCUCCCAGGUGCUGAUGGAAAGAAAUAUUUUGCAUCAGUUGUGUUACUAAGACAGUUGAUGCCCCUGGAUAUGGCAGGUCUGUGUGGUGUUAUCUUGUUGAUAUGGGCUGUAAAUGCCCUGGUCGCGGCUGAACCCGAAACAGAACCAAAGUGUUCCUACAGAGUUGAGAAUGUCAAGUUUGGCCUAAAGAUAAAGAUGAUAGAUUCCACUCCUGGUGACUACAUCAUAUAUGUUGCUGAGGUCGGAGGUCCAUUUGAAAGGAAAGGCCUUUUUUCCUCCACCAGUAAAAACUCAAAUUAUGAUAUCAAACUUCUGAAGCCGUGCACUGAAUAUGAGCUAAAUGUCACAUUUAGUGGCUCCAAUGGUACAGAAAUAUCCUGCAACAAAACUGAAAAUAAAACAACAAAAACAACUGGAAUGACUAAAGAAGAAAUUAAAAGCGUUUUCUGCUCUCCUGGAUAUUUCUGUUACCGAAGUGAUUGGAACAUCAGCAAAUUACUAUCAGAAAACAACAAGGUUUCAAUUGAAGACUUUGACAAUGGAUCAUAUCGUUUCAAACAUGCUUAUGACGACAUGUGUUCAGAUUUAGUUUUGAAGUUCCCUACAGAAAACUGCUCAAACGCCACAUUUACCAUAUCUGAAAACUUCAAUGUUGAUUUUAUUAAUCCAAAUGACAUAAACCAGAUUAAACCUGAUAAACUUCCUGCAAAGAUAAACGCAACAUUACCUUCAAGCUGUAAAGAUCUCAGUGUUGAGUAUAAAUGUUCAGGAAUCAACAGUGAUUCUGUUGAACUUUCUGACAUGAAGCCGUUCACAGACUACAGCUGUACUGGUGACAUCAAGAUGAACAAUGGCUCCAUAAUUCGGACACUUCCACCUGUCCAGUUCAACAUCGACUGUGAUUUUACAGUAAACAACCUGAAGACCAGUUCAACCAAUACUUCCAUUGAGCUGAACUGGGAAACAAUGAGUGAUAAUUGUCAAAAUGUUCUCAACAAACUGGAUGAUCUCUCUUAUCACUGCAGCUGUCAGCAAGAGAAAGGUGAUGGAGGAUAUUUUACAAUGGAACAAAGAAUUAUUACUCGACCUAAAGGAACAACGUGUGUCUUCACCAGAGGAAUUAAACCAUUCAGGGUUUACAGAUGUGAAGUUCAUUCCAGCUACAUUGGACGAGGUGAUUUUAGAGAAACAAGAGUUGAAGAGAAGACUAAGUCUGGAAUACCAAAACAACCUCAUAACGUUGAUGUGACAGUUCCAGUGAACAAUAAGAUCGAAGUGACAUGUUCAUUAAAUGACAUGGAUUUUAAUGGACCAGACAGAACAUUCAGUGCACAACUUCAAGGCGUUACUGGCAGCAGAAAGAACAGCAAAACAUGUCAAUUUAAAUUUGAAGAUCUGAGCUACUUAACAACCUACACAGUGGAGGUGUUUACUUUCAACGGACAUUUUACCAGCUUACCUGUGCAAAAACAUGCUGACACUAAAUACAACAGCAAAGCCCUCAUUGGCAGUUUGGUCUUCUCCAUUAUCUUCAUCAUCCUCUGUGCUGCGUUCUUCAUCAGGAAGAGGGGAAAAUCCAGGAAUGUUAAUGAAGGACAGGAGCGCUUCUCAACAGUCAUCUAUGCUAACAUGCCACCUCCCCAAACACAAUAAAGGCGACUGAUGAAGAUCUGAUGGAGCUGCAGAUCAAGAAAACAUUUAAAGUUUUUAUUUUAUUAUGUCUGAGAAAUUUAAAUCUUGAAUACUGCAGCCGAAGGUACAGUAACUGUCCUCCCUGAAUCCCAGACAUGAUUUGUUGGACUUUUCAGUUCUUUGUAUUUUAUUUUAUUCAUUCUUAUGUUGUAUAUUCUCCAAGUCAAAAAAAAAAAAAUGAAGCAAAUCACCACUUGGAUUUUUUAAAAUCAAAAUCUAAGUAGAUUACUGAAAAUACAAAAUUUGCCUUCAUGUUUCAUGCAUUAUUAAAACCUGGAAGGACAAAGGAGAUAAAAUGUGGCUGAAAAAAAAUUAUUCUCACAAAUGAUCACUUAAACGUGACAUAACAUUGUAAACCCACAGCUGAACUCACAAAUAUGUUCAUGACAGAAAGUGAGAGCAUUUCAGGGCAGUUGCACAAAACCGCUGUGUAGCUUUGAGAAAACCACUGAAUUCAUGUCUAAAGCCGACAAAAGUUAUUUCAUAUCUUUAUUGCUUCUUUUUUAGGUUUCUGCUUUGAUAGUGAGCACAUCAAGCUCUAAACGCAACCAAAUGUAUUACUGCUUAUCCUUGCACAAAAGGCAAUAUAUUAUAAUAUAUAAUGUUCACAUUGUUUUGUAUUAAACUAUGCCUGAGGAAAUUAUAAAUAUAGCAUCACUCACUUUCUUCAAAUUAGCAAAAAUGAAUCCAAAUGGAAGCACAGCAUGAAUGAGAUUCAUGUCGACAUGUCAUGUGCCACAUGUUUUUACUUAUUUGUCAUCAAUAAAUUUUUAUUUUUAAUGCUC